AUGGAUUUUACUUUCUCCCUCGCCCACUUCUGCGAAAUCCACGGUCCAACAUCCAUCCUUUGCACCCAACUUCUCCCUCCUUCGUGCCAGACAUGUACCACGACAAUAGGCCCUUACGCUGGCUAUUCCAGCGACGACUCUCCUCCAUCGUCUGCCCCUACGUCCUCGCCACCCUCCCGUACUAGUUCCCUAAAAGCCACCUCCCGAUCCAACGGCUACCUUUCCUCCUCCAGGUCUUCGAUAUCGCCGAAUGCAUCUCCUGUUGCUACCCCUCCCCUGUCGCCGAAACCGGGCCAUGCUUCGCUUUCCGGUUCUGUCAAUCAAUCGUUGUUGUCAACUGCUUCAUCCGGUUUGAGCGAUACCUGCGCCAACUGCAACCUUAGCUUACCGAAAAACCUCACCGAGCGAUUACCCUUAAAGGAUGGUAAGAAGGUACCGGUUUUGCGAUCCAAAGAGGUAGUCCUAGCCGGGGGUAGCGUUGAGGAGAGACGUCGACAUCAGAUGGAAGCCGAGGCGCAGCAGCAGCAGGCCCAACAGAGAACCUACCGACAUGGGAGGCGACAGUCUUACUACCAACCUAGGAGACCUGCUACUUCCGACCACGAGGAGCCGUAUAUGCAACAUCAACCUCGUCGACGGUCUCUCUCGUCCGCUUCGUCGUCGAAUUCUUCCUCCAAAUCCAACUUGAAUGAUGAUAUCGACUUUCCAUCGACGGCCUCCGAGGAGAGCCAGGAACUCUAUGACCGAUUCGAUGCUUACAUUCCACCUCACACUCACAACCUCACCUACCUUUCGGCCCGUUUCCCAUCUGCACCGGAAAAGUUUGCCGCUUUGAGAAGAGCCUGCGUCAGGACCCUGUCAUGCGAAGCUCUACCGGGCCAAACCGGACCGAUAUUUGUCGGUGACGAAUCCGCCGGUCACACAAUCGCAUAUGUCUUUCGACUGGUCGACCCUAAGAUUCGGAGCAACCGCCGUACAUAUGCCCUGUUAUGUUUGUGCCCAGAUGUCAAGAAGAUCGUUGCCGCAUACGGUUACAUCACAUCGGUGUUCGAGCAGCUAGUUGCCCGAAUCAAGAACCUUGCAUCUGAAGCGUCGCGCCCGGUGUCGCCUAACUCACACGACCAAGUUCGGCAGGAGCUUUCCGGGUCGACCAUUAUCAAACAUAGCACCUGUCCGGACGGAUUCCUAAGGCGGCCGGCGAGAGUCGAAAGAGGCAAGGAUCUGGCGGAGCUAGUUGGUCGGGAACAAUUAUUUGUCGAGGUCCACGCUUGCUUUGCCACAUUGCUAGGGGCCUUGGCAAGAAGGUUCGGGUGCUUGGAUGCCAGUUACCCACUUGUUACCGCCUCGCCGACCUCAUCAUAUACGGGCAUUCCCGGAAGUGUGACAUCAGGAAGGUUGGUUGUUGAUGAAAGGGAGUGCGAGAAGGCGAAGAGGGAUAGAGGAGAUCUCAGGAGAGGUGUCUACACUUGA